AUGAAGUGGUCAGUCGAUCUAUCGCCCGGUACCUGGUCAGGCCAGCUGGGGAUGAGUGACGCAGAUGGUCGACGGUGGAGCAUUGACAGGCCGAAUCCGGGGCUCUGUAGGGAACGCUUCAGCACAGGAUUUGGUGCUUCCUCGACGUGGUUUCCCCGCUCUCACUACUCCUCCGCUGCUGCUGCAGAAACUCUGCGCUGCGCUGUACUGUCAGUGCCGCCUGGGCUCUGGCCUCGCCACAGGUCCGCCGAUACUCCUGCAGCCAGUUUUCCUGGGUCUGUAAAGCCGUGGGCCGCGUCCCAUCGCUUCUGCAAUUCCUCUGAGACUGCUGCUGCCUGUGUGGGAUACUCUACGUCUGCUCUGUGGUGUCGCGUGUGCCUGGAUCCUGUGCGUUGCGGGCUAUGGUGCUUCCGCAGAAGGCAGUGUUUGGCAGCAAGCACAAAAACCAUGGGCAAGGCCAAUCCAAGCAAGUGGCUAAAAGCAGUCAAGAAGGCUUUCAGGCCUCCACUGAAGGAGGGUAUCGAUGAUAAAGAUGAGACACAAUUAAUCUCCAACAAGGUCAAUCAAGGAAAAACCUUACAUUAUUCGAAGGCGGCUCCUCUCCCACUACCAUCUGUUGCAGGGUUGAUGCAUGAGCAAAUUCAGCAAGAACGCAACAACGGACUGUCUGUGGAAGAUGAGGUCAGUGAACUAAAGAACGACGAAGACUUAGACCAUGCGAGGCAGAAAUCUUUAUCAACUAUCGAAGUUAGCUUGGAGGAUGAAAUCUUUCGUAAGGACCAGGCAGCUAUUAAAAUUCAGCGAGCUUUUCGUAAAUAUUUGGCGUUGAGAGGACUCGUUCGGCUCCAGGCCUUGGUGCGAGGGCACACAGUACGAAGGCAAGCUGCAACAACAUUGAGGGCAAUGGAAGCUCUUGUUCGUGUGCAAGCACGUAUUCGUGCUCGUCGAGUGAGGAUGUCAGAGGAAGGGCAAACCGUGCAGCAACAUAUUCUUCAACGGCGUCAAGGACUUGCUCGACUCAAAAGCUCAGAGGGCACCUGGACCACAGGUCAAGACACGAAGGAGAAAAUGCAAAUCCGGGAAGAGGCAGCCAAGAAGCGAGAGAGGGCGAUGGCAUAUGCAUUCUCACAGCAGCUUAAACAAAGUACUCCAAAGCGCAACAUUCUGUUCAUAGACAGCGAACCUGAUCAAUCGCAUUGGGGUUGGAGCUGGAUGGACCGAUGGAUGGCUGCCCGCCCAUGGGAAAAUCAUCACACAAACCGUGCAAAGGAGAGCCAUCUGAGUGUUCAAUCUUUAAAACAAUUGGAGGCUAAAACAAAGAAUAUCAAAAUGGAUGCCGAGAGCUUGAAGACUACUAGGCCUGCACUCCAAGCGACCUCACGGGUGGCAAAGUCAGAGAAUAAGCCUAAGAAAGGUAGAAGCACAAAUGGAGUGAGUGGAAACGUUCCGUUACUUCCUCCGUCUCCACCUCCCUCAGCUGACAAGCCUGUAUUACUGAAGCCCGCUGCUCCAGCGAAGUUGACAUCGCCCGAUAAGUUAAGGCAAGAGCCAAACCGCUCGAUGCCAUUGUCUACUUUAGAGAUUCCGGGACCUGCAGGCCAUGACAGCAAUGCCGAGAUUCCUUCAACAGGCGACUCUGCUUUCAAUACCCAACCUCCAUCAGCCCAUCAAGAUUUAAAUGGGGCUCCCUUGGCUGCAUGGAACGAUGGCGCGGUGGAACCUGGCCCCAGCUGCAGCAGCUCUUGUGGAUCUCAACACGGAAACAAUAACAAUCCGUCAACUAAAGCCAACUCUCAGCAUUCGCCCAUCUCAGAGAACAUGAAGACCGACGUGGAUGCGACCAACCCAACCAACGGGGAAAACUGCAUGCCUGCAAGUGAGAAGCCAACGAGGAACCGGUACAUGGCGGCUACGUUUUCUGCGAAAGCUAAAGCUCGCACUAGUCCCAAGACCAGGGGAGUGGAGGGCGAUGAGACACCAGCAAAACUGCAGAAGCGCCUCUCUUUUGGAAGCCCCUCACUCGCGAGCCUUAUGUCUCCAACCCGAAAGCCUGCAGCCAGAUCGAAAUCCAUCGCUCAGGUGCGGUCUAGUCUUCAAGUGGACUUACUCAAAGAAAAAUCUGAUGAGCCCCUGAGCCCAGUUGGGUCUGUUGCUCACCGAAUACACAGACGCAAGUCCUUCGGAGCCGAGUCAAGGUCUGCAACAAAGUGGAAGUAGCUCACAGCACCGAGGCGGCUGCAACUUGUAUCACAAACCUCUACCAGGCUUUGUGUUUUCAUCAAUAGGAAACCCACUAUCCAGUCCUCAUUUUAUUUUAUUUUAUUUUAUUUAUUUUUUAUUUUUCGUCAACAAAUUCUUUCCAGUGUGAUCGAGAUUAUUACAACGGCGUCAUCGAAGCUCAUUAGAAAUUCGAAGCGAACCUGCUAGCAGAUCGAUGAGCUUCCGGUGCCUGGUUUGGAUGUCCAAUAAAGCUGGUACCCACUAGGCCAAUUCUUCAACCUUAUUCGCAGUGCUGAUAGGAAAUGUACCCAUUGUAUUUUGUUUGAUAUCUAGUCAUUGACUACAUUGGCAAAGUGUAUAUCUCUUUAUGCUUUUUUUCAGCUACGAUUAUUCACUAUAAAACAUUGUCAUUGGUCCC